AUGAGUUACGUUAAAAGAGAUGAAGACUCAGGAGACUACAGCGUCUUUUCGCAUAUAAACAAAACAACUUUGUUACAAGAAGCUCGAAUUUUCAAUGAAACACCUGUCAACAUUCGUAAAUGUCGCCUAGUUCUCACCAAAAUUGUAUACUUAUUUUCAACUGGUGAAGUGUUUACGACGCAAGAGGCGACAGAUCUCUUUUUCAAUGUCAUUAAACUUUUCCAGUCUAAAGAUGUCUCUUUGAGACAACUUAUGUACUUGGUUAUUAAGGAAUUAUCAGGCACAGCCCAAGAUGUCAUCAUGGUGACUCAAUCUCUAAUUAAGGAUAUUCAGUCUAGAGAAGAAACUAUUUACAGAGCUAACGCUAUUCGAGCACUAUGUCUUAUCACUGAUUCCACCAUGAUCCAAGGUAUCGAACGAAUCCUUAAAGCCUCCAUCGUUGAUAAAAACCCAUCAGUAUCUACAGCAGCGCUCGUUUCAGCAUACCAUCUCUUUUCUGAGUCUAGAGAAGUGGUUCGUCGCUGGGCUACGGAAGUACAAGAAGCCGCUUAUGCUAAACAGACAGGCAGAUUAUCCUCCAUUGGUUCCUUUGCUUCCAGUUAUAUUUCCAACUUUGGUGGUUCAUCAUCAAGCCAGAACCAAACUGUAGUCUCUACAAGUAUAAUCUCUCAAUAUCAUGCAAUUGGACUAUUAUACCUUAUACGUCAGCAUGAUCGUAUGGCUGUUGCUAAGCUUGUCCAAAAUUUUUCAGCUAAUGGGACUUUGAAAAAUCCUGCUGCAGUAUGCAUUCUUAUUAGAUAUGCUUGCAAAGUAAUGGAAGACGAUCCAGGGUCUAUUAAACGUAUCUAUGACUUACUGAAAGUAUAUUUGGCACAUAAAAGCGAUAUGGUCAAUCUGGAGGCCGCACGAGCUAUUUGUCAGAUGAAGGAUGUAACUGCAAAGGAAUUGUUUCCUGCUAUUUCUGUUUUACAAAAUUUCCUAUCCUCCCCUAAGCCUACUUUACGUUUCGCAGCCAUCCGUAUUUUGAACACUCUCGCAUUAACCAAACCAUCUGCUGUAUCACCUUGUAACUUGGAUAUAGAAACUCUUGUAUCUGAUUCAAACCGCAGCAUUGCCACUUUUGCUAUCACUACUCUACUGCAAACAGGCAAUGAAGCUUCAGUGGAUCGCUUAAUGAAACAAAUUUUGGGUUUUAUGGGCGAGAUUUCUGAUGAAUUCAAGGUAAUAGUCGUUGAAGCUAUCCGUUCACUUUGUCUCAAAUUCCCCAACAAGCACGAAGUUAUGCUCUCCUUUUUGAGUGGCGUUUUACGAGAUGAGGGAGGUUAUGAAUUUAAGAAGGCCGUUGUAGAAGCUAUUUUCGAUAUGAUUCGUCAUAUUCCUGAAUCGAAGGAUACAGCACUGUCUUGUCUAUGUGAGUUUAUUGAAGAUUGUGAGUUCACUAAGCUUUCUGUGCGUGUAUUGCAUCUUCUCGGUGUCGAAGGCCCCAAAACAGCAACACCUACCAAGUUUAUUCGCUACAUCUACAACCGUGUCGUACUUGAGAAUUCAAUUAUACGUGGUACAGCCGUCAGUGCACUCACCAAAUUUGGUACCAAUUGCUCCGAUCCUAAAGUCAAACACAGUAUUAGAGUCUUGCUAACACGCUGUCAGGAUGACAUUGAUGAUGAGGUGCGCGAUAGAGCUACUUUAGCUCUGCGUAUGAUUGAACGUAAUGAACUUGCCAAGCAGUAUUCUGCUGAUGAAAUGACUUAUUCCCUUCCUGCUUUGGAACACAAGCUAGUCGACUAUAUCAAUAACUCAAAACAAAGCGAUCCUUUUGAUCUAAACACUAUUCCUGUCAUCAGUAGAGCGCUAGAGCAAGAGGAACGUCGUCGUAAUAGGCCUCAAGAGUUAACGACAAUAGCCAAUAUGAGCUCACCUGCCGCAGUUUCUACAACCUCUCAACUGGAACAAAAACCAACUUCCACAGGAAAUACACCCAAUUAUGCUGAUACUUUAUCAGCUAUUCCAGAAAUAGCUGCUUUUGGACCCCUUCUAAAGAGCUGUCCUAAGGUUGCAUUGACAGAGAGCGAAACCGAAUAUGUUGUGCAGUGUAUCAAGCAUAUCUUUGCCAAGCAUAUUGUGUUUCAGUUUGAUUGUCUCAAUACGCUGAACGAUCAAUUGCUGGAAAAUGUAGAAAUGGUAAUGGAUAUGGAUGUAGAUGAAGAAGAUUGUGGCCUUAUUCCUCUCUUCGAGGUACCAGCACCCAUGCUGAAGUACAAUGAAGUUGGCCAAAUUUAUGUCGCGUAUGAGUUGGCAGAGGUAGAAGAAUUGCCUAUAGCUGCCUUUGAAAAUACAUUGAAAUUCAUUGUGAAGGAUUGCGACCCGACCACAGGUGAAGCGGACGAGGAAGGUUACGAAGAUGAAUAUCAAGUCGAGGGUAUAGAAGUCUUACCUGAAGACUUCCCUAACUCCUCUUAA